AUGUCAGCAAUCGUCACGAUUUUUCACCACUCUUUUGUGUUCAAAUAUGUUAUCACCAUAUUAUUUCAUCUCCUAUUUCCGCUAUUUGAACUUUACGAAAUUCAUGAAAAAAUACAUGAUGUCAAAAAUCAACAAUUUCCGACUCUCGCUUCGAUCGAACUUCAAUCAUACUCACCAGAUGUAUGCACACAAAAUCAACAGGUACCCGAUGAUCAGAGAAAAGAGAAGGAUUCGUUAUUAGACCACGCGGAAUGUAAUCCUAGGGACGAAGAAGAAGUCGCAUCACCGUUAGAUGAAUCUUCUUCAGACUCUUUAUUGCGAGCACAGCAAUCAAUCUGCAAAGAUAUUUCGUCAAAUGCACUGAAAUUUGACAUUCCAAGUGAAAUAAUUGAAAUCCCUCUAGAGAUUUCUUCCACAACUACACAACAGAUGACCUCGGAUUCCUUAACGGUUGACACGAACUCGGCCUGGGAAGUUUUGAUCGCACCUAAAAUUUCACGCCAUGGUUCCUCUCCCAUUUCAACAUACGAAGAGCACAUUUUUGGUAAUGAUGAACAACACGAAAUGAGAUAUCUAGAGGAAUCGAGCAAUUCGGGUAAUGAAGCCGACUCAAACUCGGGAUCGCUUCCGGUUGAUGAACCUGUCAUCGGUGAACCUCCGAUAGAAGAAAUUCCACGCGAUCCGCAUCCUAACUCCCCGAUAGAAAAGUCCUCGCCAUCACCUACGAUGUCCUCGCCCACAAAAAGUGCAGAAUUUGAAGACACAAAUGACCUCUGCAACAUACGUCUCUUUGGUGAUUCCUUAUACGCCCCCAGAGAUGUGGACCAUCCUAAAAUCUUCUUAAGUAGCUUGCGACGUAAACCCGUUUCAUUUUACGAUCUUCCCGUCGACAUAUUCAUAGAAAUAUGCUACCAUCUUCCUCCUACCUCUCUCUUUGCACUCACCGGAGUUAACAAUCAAUUUCGAAAUUGGUUGAAAUCCACUACCUCACACAUUACAAUGGAUAUCUGGAGGAUCUCGAGAAUAAAGUUUAUUACCUACCUGCCAAGACCACCGCCAAUUGGGAUCGAUGAAAUUACCUAUAUCAAGUUAGCAAUGCUGGAGAAAGGAUGCCAAUUUUGUAAUUCCAAAUCAAAGACGCCUAAAGUUUAUUGGGCUUUUCGCGUGAGGUCUUGUGAAAUUUGCCUUAAAAAAAGGACCACCACCAUAGAAGAUCUUCCACAAUGGGCCAAGUCACCGGUUGACAUUACGACGAUUGUACCUUAUGAGAAAGUUCCCGCCUCCAUUUCCAGCACUGGCGCGAAAGUAGUGACUUUUAUGAACUCGCAAUUAGAGGCUGCCCACAGAGAAUUGGCUUCUACCCCACCCAAACACCGAGCCAACUGGAUGCUCAAGAAAAGAUUAUGGGUAUCACAAGUACUGGCAAACGUUCAAAAACGUGAAAGGCUUGAUGAAUUGCAUUGUAAGAAAAGAUCAUUGGAAGAUUUAAAAAUAUUCAAAACAUUGGUCGAAGAAUUUAAGAAUAUCAAGGAUGAAAAAGGACAAAAACCAUAUCAUGAAAAAUAUAUUGUUCGGUUGCCUUCUUAUAUUGAAGCGAAGGAGGCCUAUAGAACUCCGUUCAUGACAAACCCCUGGCCAACAUUUAUUGUAAGAAUGAAAUCAGAGUACUCGGAGUUAAUGAAAAAAACUGUAAGGCUUGAACAAAUUACCAACAAGAUUCUAUCGCUGGUCACCUCGCAUGAUACUCUUGCCACAGAUUUGAAGGUACCUCCAGAGAAUGGAUAUCAAAUUUAUCUGUCAGAUCCCAUCAUAGAUUGUCUCCAUUGGUGCCCUUCAUUCCGCGAUCCACCAUUCACCAACAAUGACCCGUUAAUUCCAUGGGCGGACGAAUUUAUAGUUCAAAUCUUGGUUCCAAGGCUUCGUAGAGAGGCUCGAAGGAUGGUUAGACAGUCGCAGAUCAAUCGCCCGGGACCUUUUACCACCGUCAAAGGAUGCCUCAAUUUAGUAAGGAAACAGUUUUGUGAUGAUGAUAAAGAGUUAUUCGCAUGCAAACUUUGUUGGAAAUCAACAAAGUUAUAUCAAUACGACGCUAUAUGCAGGCAUCUCACUGGUAGUUGUCAUUCUAUUGGUCGAGUGGACAACGAAAGGAUGAUUGAGGUGAACAGGGAUAAGGUUAAAAAUAUUUUGCCAAAUUGGUUUGCCGGCGUAAUUUAA